AUGAGUACUCAGCUACGAAAACAUUGGAAAUCUGGAAUAUCUUGAGUAUAUUUUCUGCAAAUAACACUAUUAUACGUCAAUGUAUGGACAAUUAUUAAUGUGGAUAUGAAUAAUUAGAAUGCAUGGAGGAUACACUUGUUGAAAAGCCUUUAUCAAACCCUAUUGAUCAUGGGCUAGCACGAGAAACAGAGCCUCCCACUGGCUCAAUAAAAUCGCUUUUCAAGCAGGCACCUGUGGAUAUGAAUUUGCCAGGGGGGUUCGAAUUUCAAAAUACACAAUUGCAUAACAUGGACCAGAAUAUACAGGAGCCUCAAAGCUUUCCAAGCAGUACUGGUCAAAGUAUUCAGGGACGAUUGAAUGCUCCGUGUUUUGACGUUCAGUCGAGAUCUAUCCAAGAGCGACCACCCCCUGAACGAAAUAUUCUUCAGGAAGCCCAGCAUGCACUGCAAGAGGCCAUGAUUCAAGGUGCGGUAAAGAAUGUACAGAAAACUCUUGAUACACUCCGGUAUGAUGGUAGAAAAAGUCGGGAUUCAACUUCGCCCAAAUCAGAACAUGGAGUUGUGCAAAAUGUACUGAAAACACUAGAUACACUUCAACGUUUUGAAACUCAGGGUCGUACUAUUCAAGAUCGAUCUUUCCCCCAGCCCAAAAAUUCAGAAACUGGUCAAAGCCUCAAUCAACGUUGUUUUGAAACACAGAGCGGAAGUGCAUCAGACCUUCCAUCCCCUCAGUUAAGCAAUUCGCAAACAAUUCAAGACCUCAAUCUUCAACGUUACGCGCCCCAUGGUAGGCAUAUUCAUGAGCUGCAAUCCCCCAAAACUAACAAUUCUGAAAAUAGUCAAGGGGUUCCCCUUCAACGUUAUGGCCAGAACAUGCAAGACCUCCCAUCACCCCAAUCUAGUACCUCAGAUAAUGUUUCAAAUCUUCAAAGGUUUACACAGCAGGGUAGUCGAAGCAUUCAAGACCUCCCAUCACCUCAGUCAAACAGCAAGGAAGAUGGCCGUAGCAUCAGUUCGCAUCAUUUUGAAGGGAGCAAAUUAACGGAAUUGAGCAGCAAGGACGUGGAACGUUUAGCAUCCCAGCACUAUGAUGUUUCUUCUGGUCCAUCUUUACAUCAACAGCCAAAUAAUCGAGAUGACACAAUUCAACAGCGACAGAACCAUGCUCAACGUUUUGAAAUGCAAAAUGUGCGGGCACUACCUGUAUCGCAGCAUACCGAUAUGAUAAGUAUGCAAAAUCGCAUCAACUCUCAGCAGUUUGACAGCGAUAAUGUGCAAGAACUACGGAGAGUACAAAGAAAUGAAUUACACGACAUUCAAGAACGUCUAAAUUCACAGCGAUCCCCAGGGUUUGACGGCUGUGACAUUCAAAAAGAGCAAAAUCUUGAUGAUUCCCUUGGUCCACCCGCUCCAGAUGUCCAUGAAAUAAUACAUGAUGGAGGUGAUAAAAUUAGGGAUGACACGGCUACUGAACAGGACUCGCCUGUAUCGCGAUCAAGUCACCAUGGCUCGCUAUGUGACCUCAACCUUGUGGCCAAUGAGAAUACAGAAGAGGGGGAUGACCAUGAAUCACAACGUAGAGAUGAGGCUUCCAGUUCUAUGGGAGAUUACCAAUUCCAACAAGAUGUAAAGAUGGGAAUAGAAGAGUUAUGUCCAGUAUGUGGGGAUAAAGUAUCUGGGUAUCACUAUGGACUACAAACUUGUGAAAGUUGUAAAGGAUUCUUCAAGCGAACUGUCCAGAAUAAGAAGGUUUACUCUUGUGUAGAUAACAGAACAUGUAUGAUUGAUAAAACUCAGCGGAAAAGAUGCCCAUAUUGUCGGUUUCAAAAAUGCCUUAGUGUAGGGAUGAAACUAGAAGCUGUGAGAGCAGACAGAAUGAGGGGUGGGCGGAACAAAUUUGGACCGAUGUACAAACGUGAUCGUGCUCUGAAACAGCAAGCCAUGCGUCAACGUCAGCAGCUCCUUGCUCAAUGUCAGAUGUCCCUAGCCAAUGGCAUGUCCCCACCCCCAGGAUUUGACCCCCAGAGGGAUAUAAAGCCUGACCCCCAACUGCUCAUGGCGAUGGCUCAAGGUGCAGUGCCACCUGGGUUCAACCCCAAUAUGUUUCCGCAAUCGUCAAUGGCGCACUUCAUGCCAACGCAGGACAACCAUAUUACCUCAAACAACAACCACACAAACCAUAGUCAGACAUUCGGCGGUGGUAUGAUGCCACCCCGUUCUAUAGGCGGCGGGGCUGGCCAAGGGGGAGAUUCACACAGUAACUCACCUCUUAGUAACAACAUAUCUGGCGGGCCUCCCCCUGGUGGCCCCCAUAAUCAACAACUACCUCAUGCUCCUCAGCAACAGUAUCCAGGUAACAUGUUGCCACGGUUACCAAGUCCCUCCCUCCCUCAUCAGCAGCAACAGCUUCUGAUGGACCUCCCAGGCACUGCGGCUCCUGUUGUUCCACAGCUUAUCAAGGACUUGUUGGCUUCUGAGCCUAGCCAAGAAGACAUAAAGGAAAAACAUAGUUCGUUUAUGAAUGCUUUGAUAAGUCAGAGAGGGGAGACCAAUCCCAUGCAUACUAUAUGCAAGCUGAUCGACCAUAGCCUCUUUAUGUUAGUGGAAUGGGCAAGAAGUGCUACAUUCUUUAAAGAACUGAAGGUUGAAGACCAAAUGAAAAUUCUUCAAAAUUGCUGGAGUGAAGUGUUAAUCCUAGACUUUGUUCAUCGUCAACUUGGUAGUGGAAGCUUCGAUGAAAUAACACUGGCUAAUGGAACCAAGAUUGGUAUCAGCUUGUUGCAGAAGUUUGGAUUAGGAGACAUCAAGGAUAGACUGACGGAUAUGGUGAAGAAGCUUCAGGAAUUAAAAUUAGAUUAUAACGAGUAUGUCUGCCUCAAGUUCCUCAUUCUACUUAACCCAGAUAUCAUGGGACUACAGGAUCGUGGUUACAUUGAGCAGUGUCAAGAGAAAAUCAACACAGCAUUGCUCAAUUAUUGCUCAUGUUUCUAUCCCCACAUUAAGGAUAAAUUCGGCCAAAUGUUACUCCGUCUACCUGAAAUUCGAUUGGUCAGUAUCCGAGGAGAGGAAGUUUUGUAUUAUAAGCACAUGAACGGUGAACUUCCCGAGCAGACGUUACUUAUGGAAAUGCUACACGCAAAACGUAAAUAAUAUAUUAUAGAGAUAUCCCCAGCUCGAGCUUGUAUUAUAAUUAUAUCGGGGAAUUUCUUACUAAGUGCCAUGAAAAUCAGGAAGAACUUACAGUCACAUUAAGGCAGAUGUAUAUGAACAAAAGUGUCGAUAAGGCUCAUCUUAAAUCAGGAAUCCACAAUGAGAAAGAAACCAUGCUAUGUAAUUGAGCAGAAAUGAGAAUGCUAUGCUUAGUGUUUGCGUGUUUAACCAGUGCUUCGCAUUGCAUUUGUGACGGUUUUGACUGAAUAGAAUUUAGUGCUCUGUCAUUAAUUGUGUACGUGUAUAUAUUAUGUAUCAUUAUCAUUCAUUAAAAACUUCAUGAAAAUCAAAUAUGAAUUGGAGCAUUUGUUAUGAAAUAUUAUAUAAGUAAACAAAUAGGAAAAAAUGAUUUGCAAUAUUUUGAGUGAAUAUACAUGUGAAGUAGCGUAUACUCUAGCUUGUAAAGCGUAUACUGUAGCUUGUAGAGUAAUGCAAGAUUUUUGGCUUUAUUUUCUGAAAAAGAAAAUGUUUUCACUUUCUAUGUCACCACCAUGAAGUGUUAAAGCGUCCAUUUUGUGACUGGUGGUUGGUAUUGGCAUAUGUGACGGUUGUUACACUUUUGUUUGUUUUGUCAUGAAUCCAUUGUUUAUCUCAAAAUUUCAUCAAAAUGUCAAUGACAUGUUCUUGCACCUUGCAUUUCUGUACAAUUUAUACUCUAUACACCCCCUCUAUAACUUUGGCAAUUGGAUCCUGAAUUGAAUAUAUGUUUCAAAAAAAUUCUUCAAAUUCAUAAACAUCUGAACUAUUGUAU